GGUGUAUACUCUUAGAUUCAGCCAUAAAAAUUAAGAGCAUACACUAAUCAGGCUCACGAAUUUUACACAGUUGUAAAGCAGCUUUUUCCGUUGAAUGCAGCCAUUCUGUUGCUAAGAAACUCGUAUUGUUCUAGAUCUCUCUUUUAUCAAGUAAAAUGACGUCGGAAUCGUGGUUGAAAAUAAUUCAAAAUGCCAAAAUUACUGUUCUUAUUGAAGAUGGAAAAAGAAAAGUUCAUUUUUUAUUCGAAAAUGGGAAAGAAAUGGUAGAAGAAUAUAACAUGGAUACAAAUGUAGUGGUACGAAGACUAUGGAAAAAGAAAAAUAAUUUUGGUACAGACAUUGGUUGGAUCGUAGAAAUUGGAGAGCCUGAACCAAAAGAAAAUAAUAUCGAAAAGGAUGGAAUACAAGAAAGUUCAAAUACUCCAUUUGUUACACAAAGAAUUACAAAAACAUGCCUGGAGUGGCGGAUCAGAAAUUUACCGUAUCCUAGUAAUGUAUAUUCUGUUACUGCAGAAGAAGAUAAUACUAUAACUGUACGCACGAGUAACAAAAAGUACUUCAAAAAGUUAAAAGUUCUAGAUCUAGAGCGAAUUGGGUUAAAGCCAGAGCAGGAAAGGAUAUCAUUUAAGCAUCAAUAUAAUACUUUAAUUAUAACGUAUAAAAAGCCUCUCGAACUUCUCAAUGUGGAGAAAAAAAUAUUAUCCAGGAUUUUACAGUUUAAACCCAUAGAAUCUACAAAUCAAUGUCCAGUCAGUUAAGAAAAAGUAUUAUUAUUAAAUUCCUUACUUGUGAUCUAAAUUAUGCAUUUCAAAUUUGCAAUAAUUUUGCAGUAUUAUUAAGAUAUUCUUUUUGUAUAUAUUCAAAGCUUAUGAAAUGUAUAAUUACAAUAAUGCUUAUCACUUAAAUUUCGUCUCUUAAAAAAUAAUAUUUUCCUAACAACACAUGUCCAAAAGAUGUCCAGAGAUCAUCGAGAGGACAUCCAGAGGACAUAAAAUAUUCUUUGGCUGUCCUCUAGAUAUUCUAUGGACGUCUUUUAGACAUGCUGUGUUGUUAGGGUUCUUAAGAUUUGUGUCGUUCUAAUAAAAGUUAAUAAAAGUUCAUAAAUAAAAAUAGUAGUA